CACCCAUCCCUACACAUUCUCAUCAACAAGUGAGUAUACACCCUCUCGAUCAACAUUCGAGCAUGGCAUAGCAUCAGCAAGCAAGCAAGCGCAUACGCUUUCGCACAACCGCAUCAUCGCAGCAGUCUCCUUCGAUGCGCCUGUCUCAGGCAAGCAGAGGGUAGUUCUAUUCGGUAGGAUGGCCUCUUCACAUGAGUAGCCUCCUGGCAUCACCGAACCCAAGCGUCUCUUCUUCCCAAAGAACUUGAACUGGGAAGGGCUGCGCCAUGUUGCUGGUCUGAAGGCUGCAUUUGGGAACGUCUUUGAGGACGAUGGAUGCUUUGCGUCUGCACAUGUGCGAAGGCCGGAUCGCUGGAAGCAAGUGGAUUAUGUCCCUAGCGACCAUUGCGUACUUGCUUCCACUGGUCUCUGGCUUCGGCCAUCGAGUCUCUUCGGGCGACAAGGGGAACCAGGGGAGCUACUCCUAUGAUCUGGUGUUGCGAUUGCUGCUGCUUGCUGCUCUUGCUUUGCCUGCUACGAUCUUUGAGAAAGCUGCGAUCCUGACAGUAUCGAACCUUGUCCCUUUCCCGCCUCUCUCUUUUCCCCAUCCUGUAGUGGCACCCAAGGCAACCAAGAAGGCUACGUCCGACAACAUCAACUCCAAGCUCGCGCUUGUGAUGAAGAGUGGAAAGGUCACUCUUGGCCUCAAGUCUGCUCUCAAGAACAUGCGCACUGGCAAGGCCAAGCUGGUCCUCAUCUCUGCCAACACCCCACCUCUGCGCAAGUCUGAGCUCGAGUACCACGCCAUGCUGUCCAAGACCUCGGUGCACCACUUCCAGGGCUCCAACGUUGCCCUCGGUACCGCUGCCGGUAAGCUCUUCCGUGUCGGUGUCCUGACCGUCAUCGACGCCGGAGACUCGGAUCUCCUCACCUCGGUCGCUGCCUAAGCGGUUCGUCGUGCGUUGUCCAUAUCCCCAGCAUUUCUCAGAGGUCGUCUGUGGUGGAAUCAUCAUUCACUGCCUUGGGCCUCGCCUCACCACACCCAAAAGGACCUUCGAGUGUCCCGGAUAGGGCUCUUUGAUGAUCUUGUUCUCGUCACCCUUGUACCAUCUAGCAGCUUCCUACAUUCCAUCUGGCAGGCUUUUGAGCCAGGAAAAGAAGAUGAUUGUCAUGCUUCGAAUCCAAAUCAAUUGCGUACACGAGAAGCU